AUGUCCGCAGUAUGUGGAAUGCACAGUGCAUUCCACACACGCAAGGACCCAGAUGACAGGUCCAUAGAAAAGCGCAUGCGCGAAUCGUCCCACAGACGCCUACCUUAUUCGAUGAGGAAACAAGCAAUAUGUGAAAUGCACCAUGCGCUUCACCCCAUGGAAUCGAGAUGGCAAAUCACUCGUGCAGCAAAUUUGCAAUUAGCAUCUGUAACGAAUCGUGCGUUCCACCGAGAAACCAAUGAGAGAGAAUACAUUCAGAGUGCCUCCCAGCAAUCGGAGGCUGUCACACUCCCAGCAUAA